CAAAGUUGUGAUUUGGCGUUGCCAAGCAUUCGCUCAAUACGUGUGGUAAGCAAAGCAUGGGGAAGAUGCCAGUUACACGAUCUCUGAGAGCGUAGCUUUGACAGCACAGCAAGAGAUCUUCAAUCGGGGAGCGCUGGGCAAGAUUUCAACAAGGUCACCGUUGCUUACUUGGACAUCAGCUGCUUUACCCGCGGAUUCGUUCGCGUUCCUCUCCAUCAACAACUGCUAACAACAAACUAGAUUGCAUCUGCGAUGUUAUAUCUCUACUAAGAAGAAAUCAACAACCAUUCAAGUGCAAAAAUGGCGACCAUGACUGAAAUAAAUUUUGCAGAAUUGAUUGAUUUGUCGCUGGGAACACCCGAAGUCGUGAAUUACAAAGGUUUGCGAGUGCUUCUUGCUGCAAUUGUAAGCAAACUGGGAGUGACUAGUGUUAACUUGGAAUUAAAUGAAGGAGAUAAAAAAGAAAUAAAUGAAGUGAGGGAUGCUCAAUCUAAAGCAAAAGAACAUGGGACAACUCCGACAAGGCCUUCCACGGGUACGGGCACCGGGCGAUUGGAAACCAAUUUUACUGACAUUGACAAGAGCAAGAGCAUCGCCAUCACGGAUUCAUCCAGAGAUGGACCUGUGCCCAGCAAAGACAAAGUUAUUCAGGAUAUUGAACAAAAAAUGUCAAAGAUUGAAGGGCAGUUGAGUGCACUGAAUGCCUUGCCAUCAAAUCAGAGUUUGAUGUCAAGAUCAGGAAGCAGCGAUGAUGGAACGAAGAAGACUCCUGUUUCAGACAUGUGGCAACUGAUGCAAUGUCAGAAGACAGCUGCAGCAAAUGAAGAAGGUGUUUCAAAGCUUAUGAGUAUGGUGGAAGAUAUAAUGAGAGAAUUAUCUAAUAUGAAUCAGCAAUUACAAGACCACACCAACAAUCUGUCCAAUCUACAGGACAAGCAUGCCAACCUAGCCAGUGAUAUUGAAAAGAUUAAUGAAUACAACAAGACUGUAGAAACAAGACUAAGCUCAUUAGAAGCUUCAUCAGGACAACAGGAUAAAAUUGAUGAUCUCAAUAAACUCAUAGAGGAACUAAGGAACCAAUUGGCAUUGUUGCCUCAAGUGGAAGAGAUUGUGACUUGGCCUGACUUUGAAGCAGCCCUGAAAGGAGCGUAUAAAGAACCGAUUGAUCAUUCAGACUCCGCGAUGCAAACUGUACCUUCAGAACACUCAAGAGUCCAGACAGCACCUUUAAAUCAUGCCUCUGCUCAGACCACUACCCCCAUUCCUCCAACACCCUCGCCACCACCCUCCCGUCCAGUAUCUAGUAGGUCCAUGCGUUCAGCAGUGUCGUCUGCCUCUUUACACCCAACUCAAGAGAUCCAGAGGGUCUUGAGAGAGCUCGGGGAACUUACCGGAAAACACAAUUCCCUUGAAGGAAGGGUCCAAACACUUGAGGACCUUAUGUCCAAGAAGGCCGACAUGUCUGAAGUAGAAGCCCUAUUAUCACAAUGGAAUGUUCCAGGAGACUUGGCUAAUAAGCUGGCUGAGUUAGAGGAAGGACUAAACCAUCUUAGAGACAGCAAAGCAAAGCUGGACGCCUUAGAAGAACGGCUAAGAAGCCAAAGCGACAGUUGCGCCGUGACCUUUGAAGAUCUGGCGGCUCUGCGUCAAGAUUUGGAACAGGCCAUAUCAGACCUUGCCGAGGCGCAGGACGCCCUCGCUAGGGAUGUCUCCAACAUUGGCACAGUCGAACCAUCUUCACAGGGGGAUAACGGCCGGGAUAAUGAAAGCUUUCAGAAGCUACAGGAUGCCCUUGCACAACUCCAGGCAGAGGUAGAUAAACUCAAUACAUCCUAUAUACAUCUUGUGGAUGAACACAACGUUAAGCAGAAACAUAUUGAUGCUCUUUACACCUUUGUUGAUCGUCUGCAAGAAAACAAAGCUGACAAGGAGCAUGUUAUCAUGGAGAUUGAUGUGAAAGCGGACAAGCGUGCUUUGGAUAAUAAGGUGAGCCGGUCUCACUUUGACGGUGCGGUGGAUGAGCUUUCGAAAAAUCUCAGUGAAGUCAUGGACAAACUCAGUGGCCAUAAAACUGCUUGGGACUCUGCUGUUGGUGAGUUGAAACUGGACAUUGACAACAAGCUUGACCGGAUGGAGCUUGACCCUCUCAAGUCAUACCUUGAUAACCGCAUCAAAUCGGUCAGCUCAAAAUACGUCAAGAAAGAGGUCGAGACCGGAGAAGAUGCUGCAGGCUUUAGGAAGCCUCUACAAAAGUUUCACUGUAUUUCGUGCGACAGGCCGCUUGACAUGGCCCCGCAGGCACCUAUUGCAUCAUUACCGGAGAGUAGAGGUCUACCAAGCAACAGAACAGGACGGCCGUAUACCACCUUUGAACUUGAACAGAUAAGAGCAGCACAGAAAAAAAUUGCCUUGUCCAUUCCCCCUGAGAAUGACCUACCCCUGAUUGAGGGGACCCAAUCCCUGGUCCCAGGGGAGUUGAUGAGAUUGAGACACACCCGUCAGAUGACCGAGUAUCUUCGGGGGUGCAGUCCCCAUGUCCAAAGAUGGCGCGGUGCUUACCAGGAUGUUCCCGAUUACUUUGUAGCAAGCCGUAGCUGCGGGGGAAGUCAUACAAUGACCUUUCCUCAUCGCAGAAUAACCAGGGUUGCUCAGACAACGAAUAUGGUGACAACAACAGAGGAUAUAGCUCCUGUUAUAAAUGGAAGGAUUGAAGCAGACAUACAGGGUCAAGAUGGUCAUAUAUACAAAGCUCGGUUAGACACUGGUCACAUGACUGAGAGGUUACCAACCCUAACACAACCAAAGGGGAACAUGAGAGCUAAAUCACCCCGGGUCAGCAGUGCAAGGGGACGUCGCAGUCACCCACCCUCCAGACAAGCCCCCGAACCCCUAGACAACACCACCCUCCAACCAAACGGAAUACCGGUCCCCCAUUCCAGCACUGCAGCCAGGGCACCCAACCGCCCCACCUCUGGUAGACCGGGAUCCGGCAACAAACCCCCCUCUACCUCAUCAGGCGGGCGGGGUUCACCCGUCACCGCCCCAGCAAACACGGAGGUGGAAGCUGGACAGCCACCUCCCCCAACCCCAAGGGAUGCCCCACCAGAGGCGAUCACUGUCCCCCAACCUCCUCUAGAAGCAACGUCAGACCAGUCAUAACAUUCCUUGCAUAUCUUUGCCUCCAUUUAUCAAAACUUUCCAAGCUCAGUCGAAAUUGCAUACAGUCUUUCGUCCAACCAUCUACCGUCCAGUUUGGUUCUAGUAGGAUUUUAAGACCGUGUUUUCCGUCCAGGGUUGGCAAUUGUUUCAAAUUUCUUCUUUAUUUAUACACUCUAUAGGAUUGUACAUACAUUUUGAAAAUUUCAGAUUGCAUUGUUUCAUAAAAUUGUUUGAAGUACAUACAACAAAAAGCAAUCACAUUGUAUUUGAAACAUGCACAAUCAUGUCGUGAACUCUUGGAAAUUUAUUUGCACAAAAGAUGAUAUUACACUUUGUUUUGGGGGAUUGCUUUUCGCUUUUCUACGCAUAUCUGAAGUCUUCUUUAUUAUAAAUCAUAGAUGAGUAACAGGAUGUUUUCUUGUCUUUCCAAAGAAUUAUGUGCUUUAGUGUAAUAGGGAAAAUAUAUUGUGUAAACGAUUUGGGGCAUUUUACAGUGAUUUUACACCUUGUAUAUAAGAAAGAUUAUCACAAUAUGACAAAUUCAUCAUUCUGUCAGCAAAUGUAGUACCUUGGUCAGUUCUUAAUUUGAAAUUUUCUUUGUGAUGCCGUCCAGUGUGUUCCAAGUGUAUUUUUUCUUGUGCCUGUUUUUCACCAAAUGCCUAUCAUGUAAAUACAAAAUGCCAAAUUAUAUAUCUAUAUAUUUUAUCAAAGUAUUUUUAAUGAAAUACUGCAAUUGCAUCCUUGCAUCUUGUAGAUAGCUAUGAGAAAAGAGUGAGAAAGAGAGAGUGAGAGAGAUAGGAUGAAAGAGAGAGCGCAAAAGAGUUAAUGAAAGAGAGAUAGAUGUUGAGAGAAAAAGAUAGGGAGGAGAGAGAUAAAACUAUAGAAACUAUAUACAAUUAUGUGUUUUCAAUCAAGUCUUUGUUUACAAAACAUCUUAAUAGAUUCUCUCAUCUGAAACAAUUUUUUAGAAGGGUAUGAAGUUGACUUCAAAGAUUAUAUUACAUGUAUACAUGCAGCAAUUUAUAUUUUUAUCAUCGCUAUAUAUUUCAUAAUUCCAUCAACUUUUUGCUUAUUGUAAUACAAAUUUCCUACCUUUUUCUAAACUGACCAUAUAUUUUACAUUCCAGGGUGUGUGGUGUAUUUUCUAGAGAUCAAUAUGUAUUUCUUCAACAGGUGAUAGCUAACAACUCUCUGCACAUCUCUAUCAAUUUUUUAGAAACAAAUUUGUUGAAAAUAAUUUACUUCUGAGUUUGAUUUCUGAUCUAUAAACUCUGCUCAAUUUUCAGAGAUGUAUUGUUAAUAAAUAAUGAAAAUUCUGUAGUUUUUUUGAAAAUCAUUAUAAAUUAGGCUACACUGCUAAAAUUACUUCAGAUCAGGGAUCGUCAGGCCUCCUUUCAUAAAAUUGAUCAAGUACAAAAUCUUUUCUAAGCUACUGAAAGUAUACAAUUUGAUUGGCCUAAACCAACUUUGUCUUGAGAUUUUUAUAUUCCUAAUGAGUUUAAUAAAACAGGGCACAGAGUCAUUCAUAUGUCCAGUGUGAUAAAUUUGGUUAAUUUGUACACACUAUUGUUAAUUCUGCUACAUGUAUGUAUGGAAAGCAAUUUGUGUUUAUCUAUUCCAACCCAUUAGAUAGCAUUUGUUUGAGAAUGCUCUCCAUUAGAUUCAUACAUGUAUACUGGUAUUCUUCUAUAAUUUGUUUUAUUCUCACUAUAUAUUGACAGCAAUGUCCCAUAAUGCACCAUGAGCUACGUGUAUGACAUGAAAUGUUUGAUAAUUACUGGCUUGUCAGUAUCACUUUGAAUUCAUGCUGGUUUUGAAAGUACACAAGUUUGAAGUUUAAUUCUUGAGAGUGAUGUGGAAAUAUUUCAUUUUCUGAAGAAAUGUUUUUUUUAGAGUUUCAUAAUCACCCAAGUUAUGUUUAUACUUCAUCUGAAGUCAUUUUGUGUGUAUGAUUCAUGUCUGUUUUCAACAACUCUUUUAAGUCACUGUCCAUUGAAUUUGACUUACUAUAAACAUUAGCAGAGAAAAGGGAUAUUAUUUAUGAAAUAAUAUGAUACAUUUUAGUCUUUUGAAUUAUGUUUUCUUAUUUUCUUUGUAUAAUACUAGUACAGAAAUUUUUUUUAAUAUUGUCUAUGCCGAAAGUGGAUUUUAAAAUUGUCUGUGAACUUUGAGCACAUAAUCAAUGUGGAUUUGGCACUUUAGAAAUACUCUAUAUUAUUAUUAUUUUAG